UUAGCAGCCAGCAGAGAGAAGUGGCCAGAGAGGCCCAGGGGACAACCAGGGACAGGCAGACAUGCGGCCAGGGCCCCAGGGCCUGGACAGGGCCCUCCAGGCCCCGUGACGAGAGGAGCCCGAGCCCCUGGCCCGGGGAGGGGGCCAUGGUGCUGCCUGCCCGACAUGUCAGCCGAGGUGCGGCUGAGGCGGCUUCAGCAGCUGGUGCUGGACCCCAGCUUCCUGGGGCUGGAGCCCCUGCUCGACCUUCUCCUGGGCGUCCACCAGGAGCUGGGCGCCUCCGACCUGGCCCAGGACAAGUAUGUGGCCGACUUCUUGGAGUGGGUGGAGCCCAUCGCGACGAGGCUUAAGGAGGCCCGACUACAGAGGGAUGACUUUGAGAUCCUGAAGGUGAUCGGACGCGGGGCAUUCAGCGAGGUGGCGGUGGUGAAGAUGAAGCAGACGGGCCAGGUGUACGCCAUGAAGAUCAUGAACAAGCGGGACAUGCUGAAGAGAGGCGAGGUGUCGUGCUUCCGCGAAGAGAGGGAUGUGUUGGUGAACGGGGACCAGCGCUGGAUCACGCAGCUGCACUUCGCCUUCCAGGACGAGAACUACCUGUACCUGGUCAUGGAGUACUACGUGGGCGGGGACCUGCUAACGCUGCUGAGCAAGUUUGGGGAGCGGAUCCCGGCCGAGAUGGCGCGCUUCUACCUGGCCGAGAUUGUCAUGGCCAUAGACUCGGUGCACCGGCUGGGCUACGUGCACAGGGACAUCAAACCGGACAACAUCCUGCUGGACCGCUGCGGCCACAUCCGCUUGGCCGACUUCGGCUCCUGCCUCAAGCUGCGGGCAGAUGGAACGGUGCGGUCGUUGGUGGCUGUGGGCACCCCGGACUACUUGUCUCCCGAGAUCCUGCAGGCCGUGGGCGGUGGGCCCGGGACUGGCAGCUAUGGGUCCGAGUGUGACUGGUGGGCUCUGGGCGUGUUCGCCUAUGAAAUGUUCUACGGGCAGACGCCCUUCUAUGCCGACUCCACGGCUGAGACCUAUGGCAAGAUCGUGCACUACAAGGAGCACCUGUCUCUACCACUGGCAGACGCAGGAGUCCCUGAGGAGGCCCGCGACCUCAUCCAGCAGCUUCUGUGUCCCCCUGAGAUGCGCCUGGGCCAGAAUGGAGCAGGCGAUUUCCAGAAACAUCCUUUCUUCUUUGGCCUUGACUGGGACAGCCUCCGAGACAGUGUGCCCCCCUUUACACCAGAUUUCGAGGGUGCCACGGAUACUUGCAACUUUGAUGUGGUGGAAGAUGGGCUCACUGCCAUGGUGAGCGGGGGCGGGGAGACGCUGUCAGACAUGCAGGAAGGCAUGCCGCUUGGGGUCCACCUGCCUUUUGUGGGCUACUCCUACUCCUGCAUGGCCCUCAGGGAUGAUGAGGUCCCGGGCUCCACGCCCAUGGAACUGGAGGCCGAGCCGUUGCCUGAGCCAUUGCAAGAGCCCAGCCUGGAACCCGCAGUGCCCCCACCAGAGGAAAUGGCUGAAACAGCAGUUCCGGCGGCCAUCCCGGAGGCGGUGGCAGAGGCCGAGGUGACGCUGCGGGAGCUCCAGGAGGCUCUGGAGGAGGAGGUGCUUAGCCGGCAGAGCCUGAGCCAGGAGCUGGAGGCCAUCCGGACGGCCAACAAGGACUUCGCCAGUCAACUACGCGAGGCCCAGGCCCGGAACCAAGACCUGGAGGCGCACGUGCGGCAGCUGCAGGAGCGGAUGGAGUUGCUUCAGGCCGGGGGAACCGCAGCUGUCACGGGGGUCCCCAGUCCCCGGGCCACGGAUCCACCUUCCCAUGUAAGACCCCUCUUUUCCCCCUGCGUCAAGCCUGCUACCCCCUUUGCAGACCCUGUCCUUGUCUCCCCGUACCCCCGUCCAGAUUCAGGGCUCACCCCUACCUCUUUGAGGUUCCAGUCAGCAGACACCCUCCACUCAGCCCACAUCUGCCAGAUCUCCCUCGGUUCAGGCCUCUCACCACAUGCCAUCCGGGAUCUCCCUAGAUGUUUUCCCCGACCUCGACUCCCCUCGCUGUCUCUUGCCGGCCGCCUUCCGAGGCGAGCUGGGCUCGGAUCGGGUCACCUGUCCCUUCUCUCUCCAGCUAGAUGGCCCCCCGGCCGUGGCUCUGGGCCAGUGCCCGCUGGUGGGGCCAGGCCCCAUGCACCGCCGCCACCUGCUGCUCCCUGCCAGGGUACGUCCGGCUGCUCACGCCCGCCCGCCGCGCGCCCCCGCCCAGCUCCACGUACCCCGAGCCGCCUCUGCUUAGCUGCGCCUCUGAGGGGCUGGGCCCGCGGCGGGGAGGGAGGAUGCUCGGGCAGCCAAUCCACACAGGUCUCUAGGAGGCAGCCAAUGAUGAGUUCGGACAAGACUUAG